AUGAUGCCGAGCAAUUUGGCACUGAAGUCCUCAAGUGCCCUGCGUUGCCCGGCAGAUCAGACUGGCACAACUGUUGGCGAUCUGGCCACCCUGGUGCCCGCCCUCCCGCGCACGCGGGGGGAGCUGGUUGCUGGGGGAGGGACAUGGGUGGGCACUGGGAUUUGCAACUCGGGCUGUGAUCUAAGGGCCUCCGUGGCCUCGCAGCAGAAGCAGCUGGAUUCGCUGAUCGACAAAGUAGCGCUGCUGCUCUCCUCCAUGCACUCGGAGGUCCUGCAGGACCUCCGCUGUGCCGUUGCGACGCCCGAGUUCGAGGCCCGCCUGGCCGAGAUGCGUAAGGUGGGUGAGGUCUUGGAUGAACGCUUGGCGGAGCUGCGGGCUGAAGCCGCCCAAGUGCCAGAGGGAGUUAGGAUGCUACACGUGGAGUUGCAGCGUGUGGAGGAGAAGAUGAACUGCUUGGAUGAUCGCUUCAGACAAGACUUCGAGAAGACACAAAAUUUGGUCACAGAAAGCCUGAUGUCGGUUCACGAUCGGUUUACCACCGAACUUGAAGGUGUGAUCACAGAGCUCAAGAAGUUGGAAACUCGCUUGGGUUCGGCCGAGACCGAUUUGGGACUGCUCUCAGAUGACGACCUGGAGAUGAACCUGAACCAGGCCAUCCUGCAACAAGCAGAGGUCCUUAGAAGCGAGUUCCCCAAAUUUCUGGCGCCCUACUUUGACCAAACCGCCACUCGGAUUAAUGCCUUGGAGGACCACCUUCAGCGCGAGCACAACGACUUGUUGGUGGCCCUGCAACAGGCAGCAGCAGCCACUGGCGUGCAAGAGGGUGAUCGAGCCUUGCAGAGAGACUUGGCCAAGCGAACCAAGGAGGACUUGAGGCAGCAGAGUGAGGAGCUCUCUGCUCUGACCCGACAGAUGUCGGACAUGAAAAUCUGGCAGAGCAGUGCCAUGGAAGAGGCCAAAGUCUUGCGACUGGAAGUCAAACAGCGAGAGGAGGACACCUUCGGCCGUGUGCUUCCACUGGAGGAGCGGAUGGCUUCCACCAUCACCAGGAUGUGUCAGCUAGAGGAGCAAGUGAAAACGGACUCGACUGAGAAAAGACUCAGCCUGGAGGAGAACAUGAAAAGUGUGGAACCGCUUCAACGCUUGGAUGUGAGGCCGAAGGAGGACAGAUUGCUGACAGCCUUGGAGGAGAAAGUGGACUUGGCGGUGCAAGAUCUCAAGAGGCAGCUGGAGACCCAGAUCACCGAGCUGGUGCAACGGGACGAGACGCAAGCCCAAAGGGCGGAAGUGAGAAGGGACUUGGAGCAACGACUGCUGGACGUGAACUCCAAGACGCAGCACCUCUUGGCAGAUCAGAGGGAAGACUUUGACGCGAGGCUGGCGCAGGUGCAGCGCCAAGGGGAUGAGUUGAGAAGAGAAUUGGAGCUCAAGAACCUUGGACUUGACUUGGAAGUCACCAGGAUUGAAAAGCGAAACUCUUCCACUGAGACAUCUCUGGAAGACUUGAAGCACCAACUGGAGAUCCUGAGCGCUCAACAGCAGAGCGUGAGCAAGAAACAGGCGGAUGACCUCAGGCAGCUGAGCGCGGAGCUGGAAAUCCGCAUGGUGAAGGAACAAAGUGCCGUGCAGCGCUCCAGCAUGGAGCUUCGGACAGACUUGGAGCGCGGCGCCCAAGAGGCAGUAAAUCUGUGCAGCGAAGUCUUGCGGGAAGAGCAGGCGCAGCUGGUACGCGAGUUCCGCCAGGAGUUGGAGAGGCGUUUAUCCCAGGCGCCCACACCAAUUUUGGUGGAGGCCAUGGCCUUCGGGAACCUGUUGAGCUCUGAGCCAAAACUUCAAUGGCAGGGCUUGGAAGAAAUCCAAGAGCUCCGUGAAGAGCUUCAGGAGCUGAAGGAGGGAAUGGAGGUUGAUGGCAUUCCCACAUGGAUCAAAGGUGACGUUUCGCCCAAUACAGAUGCCAACCGCCUACUUCGAAGUGUUGAGGAGACCGUCUCAGAGAAAGUCCGCCGCUGCGACGCCGCGGCGGAGCUCUGCGAACGCCUGGCACGGCGCAUGGAGUGGCAGCUGAACCCAGAGGACACCCGUGCUGGGAGCGGCGUGCCGGGCGAGCAAAACGCCUACGAGGGCAUGAUCUUGCAACGGGAAGGCCCUUGGUCUCUUUACGAAUCGAAAGGUCGCUAUUCCUUUGACGACACAUCUGGCUGGCUCAGUACUGCAGGGAGCAAAGUUGGACAAUUCAUUUGCAGGAGACUCCAGCCGUUCCCCUUGGCUUUGGACGACGUGGCACGACCAGAGCGUCGCUUGUCGGUGAAGAUCAUCACCUCAGAUCUGGUGGCAGAGAUGCAGAAGGUGGAGAACCAGGGAGCACUCUUCAUGGUCUGUUCCCAGCUGAAUGGUGCCGCAUACCCCUCCCCCGAGACGCUCGUCCAUCAUCUGGAGGACUACAAGCACCAACAUUCCAGUGCUGCAGAAGGUCAGCUGGCAGCACACCCAGCAGCUGCACAAUUUCUCUUGGACAACGCGGCCAACGUGGAACGUGUUGGUGGCAUCAACGCCCUGGACCUGCUACUGUCCAGGGUGGAGGGCUUUCAGGUCACCAACGGAUACCUGAAGUUCCUGCCGACCAAGCCUGCUGAGGAGGCCGAAAACUUGAAGAACCUCCAGAAGGAGCUUCAUAACCUUCGGUCCGUCAUAAUGGAGGAUGUGUCCGUAAAGGGCUUGCGGCCAGACAGGAGCCUGGCAGGACGCGACCAUCGCGUGGGCCUGUUCUAUGCUUCCUCCCUGGAGGGGGAUGGCGAGUACCAGAUGAAGCUCCGAGGGUGGAUCUGGGAUCCGCGCAUCAGGAAAGUGGCUGAGCUGCUGCUAACAGCUCAGUACUAUGGUGCCCUGCGCUAUGCUGCGGAGAGCUCACCGUCACCGCAGCGGCGCCGCAAGGUCUUCUUGACGCCCCUGGGAGGUUUGCACGGCGUCAGCAUGGCCAAGGCCAUGCGAAUGCUGGAUGAGGACGCUUGGUCGCGGCUGAGCGUCUCAUGCUUGGUGGGGGAUGCUGCGGCCGCCUCUGAGCUCAGAGGCCUCUUGCAGCUCCUUGAUGUGGACGCGACGCCAGCGGGAAGCACCAGUCCAAAGGCUUCCAAGGUUCCGAGAGAAUUAUUCCGUCCCUCGGAUGACUCCAGCGAUGGCGACUUCCGGCCAAGCCCCAUUCAGGAGUCGAGCACUGAGAGUCGCAUUUCGGUGCUCAUGCGCCGGGUCGACCACCAGGCCUCAGAGCUCCAAAGUCUUCGCGAAAAGAAUGAAGAGCUUAGCGAGGCGGUGGAUCAGUACAACCUGCAGCAGAAGGCGAGCCCGGGAAGAUGUAGCAGGAGCCAUCCCUCCUCUUUCAGCAGUGACAGCGACACCGCAGUGCCCAGAGUGGAGCUGGUGCUGGGAAGUGUGUCACGUGUUCUGGCUGUUGUGACGGCCUGUGUGGCUGCCUUCCUCUUCCGGGCAGCCUGCAUCCUAUACCUGGUGUGGAAUGACAAGCAAUACUGGCCAUGCGGCCUGCUUUUGCCAUACUACCUGGUCUCAGAGGCAUCCGGGGCCCAGUUUCUUGAUGCCAAGACUGCUUUGUCCCAGCACCUGCUGGUGCGACCAGCCGUGGCUGCUCCGUUGGAUCCCAACUUUGCACCCAUGGUCCUGGCGAAGCGGAAGUAUUUGAAGGCUGUGUCAGCUGCCAGUGGUGCUUGGGAAGGCAUUUUGGGCUCGGUUUUGAAGGGCAGCCCUGUGUAUCUGGAAUGGGCGCUGCCCCGUGCGGAUGGAUGCGCACGCUACAAACUGCCAGUGUUUCCGGAGGGCCACGAAGAUAUUGACGCCUCCAUCUACCUGGCAGGAGCUUUGAUCCAGGAGAUGAUCUGGCAGCGAAGUGCCAAAAGUCUACUGCUCUAUGGGCCUGCCAAGAUUUGUGAAGCCCUGGCCAAGGACUUUUCGGUGGGCGGCAAGUACAGCUUCGAAGUCACCUCCAUGCCGAACGUCUGCGGCACGCCGGACAGCCCUUUCGAGGUGAAGAUUGUUUCAACGGCUGCAGAGCUGCCAGAAGGCAAGGACACCCCGCAGGUCUGCGGCAAAACGGCCAACGGAUGUCGUUUGGCCUUUGACCUGGGAAAGAGCGACAUCAAAACCGUGGCCGUCAAGGAUGGUGAGGUGGUCUAUUCCAAGGAGACCGAGUGGGAUGUGACCAACCCAGAUCCGGAUUAUCAUUUCAAGGCGGUGACCGAUGCCCUGAAAAUCGCCAAGGAGAAACUUCCCAAGGUGGACGCCGUGGGCGGCAGCGCGACGGGAACUCUGGGAGCUAACAACGAGGCCACGUGGUGCGACAUCUUUCCCAACGUGCCGCCACCGGUUUACAAGCAGAAGGUGGUGGACAUCUUCCAGCGAAUCUCCAAAGAGGUUGCUGGAGAUGUGCCGCUGAAGGUGAUCAACGAUGGUGAGGUGACGGUGCUGGCAGCGGUGCAGAAACUCGAGGGCAAGGGAAACAUCAUGGGCAUUUCGAUGGGCAGCAGUGAGGGUGCCGGCUAUGCCAACGCUGAGGGUAAUUUGAUGGGAUGGAUCAACGAGCUAUGCUACGUGAGAUUGGACUUGAACCCCGAGGCACCCACAGAUCCCUGGACCAAGGGCGCGCACAUCGGCAUGUCCCACAUGUACCUUGGACAGCGUGGCGCCACCAAAUUGGCGGCCAAGGCUGGGGUGAAGGUGCCCCCCAACUAUGUCUAUCCUCAUCCGGACAUGUGCACCAUCAAACAUGAGAACCACGCGCAGUGCCUCAAGCUGAUUCAGAAGGCCAUGGAGGACAAAGACCUGCGACCACAGGUGGAGCAACUCUAUGUGACCAUGGGAGUUUAUUUGGGCUAUGCCUUAGCACAGUACUGCGAGUUUUAUCCCAUCGAUCAUGUGAUGAUCCUGGGCCGCGUGAGCAAGGGCGCCGGAGGUGAUAUCAUGUUGAACACCGCCAAGAAGGCUGCAAGAAAGUCCGUGGGAUCCAAGGGACAUGGCUCAAGAGUCUUGGAAGUCGAGUUUCCGGAGUACGCUGGGAUGCAGUUCCACACGGCCGACGACCACUUCAAGGCGGUGGGGCAGUGCAUCGCGGCAGCAGCGCUGCCAACCAUCUCUUGA